CAUCGAUUUUGUCUUUCUCCCCAUCCACUCAAUCUUUGGCAACGCCAUUCCGAAACAACACGGAUCUCCAAAUACCACUUCCUCGUACAUCAGACAUCAGGAAUACCACCAUACUACAAUACACAAAAAUGGCCGACAACCAAGAACCAGCAAUAACCGAGGACUUCCUCUCCGCCGCCCUCAAGACGCGGCUCAAUGCCACUCACGUGGAAGUAACGGACAUGUCGGGCGGUUGCGGCGCCUCCUUCACCUCUCUCAUCGUCUCUCCGGACUUUGUCGGCAAGAACUCGCUCAAGCGGCACCGGCUCGUCAACGCCGCGCUCAAGGAGGAAAUUGCGCGGAUUCACGCGUGGAGCGCAAAGUGCCAGACCCCCGACGAGUACGCAAAAGAAAAGGCGGCGACGGGCGGGAACGACGGCCCGCCCAUGGACGGGACGAAUGCUCAGGGCAAGGUGGAGGGUGUGACCGAGUGAUGUGAUGUGAAAGGAUGGAAAGAAAGGGGAAGGGGAAGGGGAAGGAAAGAGAACGAAGUGAGGUGGCAGUAGUCCAGAAGGAAAAUCUUGCUGUAGUGGGUGGUGUACCUGGAUGGGCAUGAAAACAGCGCGUAUUGCUCCAAAAAGGGCGGCGUGUAGUAGUCUCGUGGGAGACUUCUGAAUCAAGGGUGGGAGAUAGGAAGGAAUGACAGCAGGAAACGAACCAUGGCGAUACAAUGCAAUGUGCAAAUCCUUGCUGGGUGUAUUACGUUUCUGCCUGUUAUGGGACUUGAUCCGCGCUGUACCUAGGACGAGAGAAAGAAAAUGGAAUCUGAUCGGUGUAUACCUACUC